AUGGAGGUCUUUGGAGCUGUCGGCACAGCCAUCUCGCUCAUUACCUUGGCGAGGAAUAACAUGGGUCGUGCUCAACGACUGGGUAGAACUGUCGAUGACCUACGAGAAAUUUUGAGUGAUGUUAUGGAGCUGCAGGAUUACGUUGAUCCCGAGGAAGACAUUGACCUACUGGACAGGAUCUCUCGUAUUAUUGACGAGGUCAUGGAGAUGAUAGAGGAAAAUAGCACCACCGCUCGGGUCGCGAUGACCUUCUUCUGGAACAGUUCGCUUGAGGCAGACGUGUACCGGCUCAACACAAAGCUCAGCCGCUUACACGAGAUGCUGAAAACUAGAACUCGACGGCGACGAACUUCAAAUGCCAGCAUCGCGAAUAUCAAUAGCUCGCCUCAACACAGCCCUUACUCACCUCCAUCAACCGCGCGGCGAGACCUACUUCCAACUUCGAGCCUCUCACAAUUACACACUACAUUGAUAUUUCAGGACGCCGAGAACGAAGACGUGCGACCGCCGUUACAACUAGAAUGGUUCAGCAUCUUGGAGCGCAACUAUACAUCUAAUUUUCGAACCAUCCAGUACGAAUCGAGUGACCGAAAUACGGUCGUAACUCACGAAGUUCAAUUCGGAACGAUACCUAACACACCACAAAAUCUAGACGCGAAAGAAUGCGACUUCUUGGAGGAUCAACUACUCACUGUUGAGACACUUACCGACUACGCCGUGUACCGACUCGACCCAAUAUAUAAAUUCGAGACCUCUAGAGCCUGUGAUAAAUUCAUGAUGAAGGUCAGGGAGCGCGAGCUCGUUGGGAAAUUCCUUCCUGUUGAGAUAGCAAAAAAGAACACCCAAUCGCCAUGGAAGAACCUCUGUUGUAUGAUGGUCGGAGGUUCAAAAGACAUAUUGCUCGCGAGAGAUAAACUGGUCUGUCUAUGGGAAAAGUCGAGAGGCCUUAGCAAGAUCCCAGAUACGACUAUCACGUUUCACGACCGAAACUCUAGAAAAUAUGUGGAAUGGCCUCUGAGGGAUUUCAUAGAUGUAUCUCUGGUAAUUAAUAGGGUGGUGGAACUUUCUUGGAGAAAUAACGCGGAUGUCGCCGUCUUCACGUUUCCCGGCCAGCCAGAAGCAAGAGAGUUUGCUUCCGUUUUUGAACGGCAGAGAAAACGAAGGGCAUCUUCCGUCAACCCUUCCAAUGGAGAUUUCAUACAGUGGCAAACAAAAGCAGCAUACAAUGCACCAGUCGCCGAGCUAGACUCAACUUCGAAAGGACCGGUUGAGCUAGAUGCCGGCCCGAGACCGUCUGAGCUUGAGUAG